AUGGGUGAUGAACCCCCCAAUGCUGCGCUGGUGCAUGCGGUUUGCAGCUAUGCUGGCUGCGUGGUGCCCUUCACCUCUCCUUCCUCUCUGAAAAACAAAGCAGUGGAGGGAGAGGUUCUGUACCCCAACAAGACAGUGAAGGAGAUUGAGUGGAGCUUUUCAAUGUUCAACAAGACAGCACUGAAGAUCAGGGCCCUGGAGCAGAGUGACAGUGGGGUCUACAGGGCUUGGAUUAAACUGCACCUGGACGUGGUGGAGAAUCAGUCCUUCAACCUCUCUGUCUACAGGCUGGUGCCAGUGCCGGGGAUCCAGCACCAGCUGCUCUCCCUCACCACCCAAGGGUGCAAUGUCACCCUGUGGUGCUGGGUGCCGGCCGGCAGCGAUGCUGAAGCCAUCUGGCAGCUCAGCAGCUCCCCCAGGACGCCAUGGGGACAGCUCUGUGAAGACAGCCAGACGCUGUGCCUGGCCAUGCCUGCCAGCACCUUCAACUCCAGCUACACCUGCGUGGCCCGAAAUCCCAUCCAGGAGAAGAACACCUCCAUCCCCCUGGAUGCCCUGUGCCAGCAGGGGACGCCUGACUGGUGGAGGUGGCAUAUGUGCCUGGGGCCGCUGGCCAUGGGUGUGGGAGCCCUGCUCAACAUCAUCUGGCUGCGGAGGAAGAAGAGGAGGAAGAAAGCAGCCAAGGGAGCCGCCCUCACCUCCCCCUCCAGCAAGGAUGCUCUGUCGGAGCCAUUUUACGCCGAGAUCCAAAGGAGAACCCCCCCCAGAGACGCAUGA